CCACUGAUUCCAUUGUACCUCUCUCUAUAUACUUAUAAUAUACUAUACAGAGAGUUAUAGAUAUUAUUAUACAGAUAUAUGCAUAGAGAGUGUUGAUAAAAAAAAAGUGCAUAGAGAGUAAGUGGGUCUUUACUACUACUACUCUAUUUCUGCUAUACAACUUCAUGGCGAUUUUUGAGGAUAUGGGAGAGAAUCAGUGGGGCUGUUUUGUUCUCUCAGGUCCAUUGAAACUAUAACCCACUAAGCAAAAGAAAACAAAAACAAACGGAUCAAUUUUUCUUUUUUAUUUUCCUGUUUUUGUUUCUUUCUUCCUCCUUCACUCUCAAGCAUAACGUUUUGUGUUUCAUUGACGAACAAAGUGCAAGAAAGUCGCGAGUAAAAAAAAAAAUCUUAAAAUUUUUCUUCUCCGCUUCAAAUAAAGCUUUUGUCUUUUCAAAGAUUAUGAAACUUUCUUGAUCAGUGAAUUAUGCUGAAGAAGAGAUCGAGAAGCAUGCAAACAUUAAUGGCGAAUACGAACCAGAAACAGAGUAAAACGACGCCGUUCCCACGGCUAUUCACAGCUUUCACCAGCUUCAAAAGCUUCACCGAAAACGACGCCGUAGCCAGCCCAACCUCUAUCCUCGACACCAAACCUUUCUCUGUUUUGAAAAACCCUUUCGGACCCGACAGCCCGAAAACCCACGAACCCGAGAUCCGGCUCAAGCUCGAACCCAAAAGAAUCGGACUCGCCCUUGUCGAUACUCUCAUCAAAGAAGAACCCGGACUCUCCCGACCAAGAUCCAGCUCCAUUCUAUUCGGGUCACAGAUCCGGAUCCGGGUCCCGGACUAUCCACGAUCCUCGGCGGAUUUCGGGACCAAAACAAAAAACUCUCCUACCUCCCCUCCGCCGGAAGAGACGAAGAUAUCGGUCCCCGGGUCGGGUCUCGGGUCGGCCCGAAUCUUCACGGGAUAUUUCUCGACCAGCGAUAUGGAACUAUCGGAGGACUACACGUGCGUGACGUGUCAUGGGCCUAACCCGAGAACGAUCCAUAUAUUCGACAACUGCAUCGUUGAGAGCAAACCCGGCGUCGUUUUCUUCCGGAGGUCCGACCCGGUUCACGAAUCGUAUCAUUUACCACCCGACAGCUUUCUCAGUACCUGCUGUAACUGUAAGAAGAAUCUUGGCCCUCGUGAUGACAUUUUCAUAUAUAGGGGAGACAGAGCUUUCUGUAGCAGCGAAUGCAGGUCUCUGGAGAUGAUGUCGGAGGAAAAUGACUUUUAGAAAAAUAAGCUUUUUUGAGAUUAUAAAAUGUUAUGAUAAUGACUAAAAUAAAUAAGUGUAGUAUUAAGAUGAAAAUGUUAGAUAAUAAAUUUUGCUUAGUUGCUUUUUUGCUCGAGGCAGAGUUGGUAUCUAUGUGUAUUAUGUGUCUACAUGCAUAAUCAUUUACUUAAUCUUUUACUUUACUUUUAAAUCCUUUAUCAAAAAAAAUAUUUUACUUUUUA